UCAGCGACGAAGAAGAGCGAACCCUAAUUUCCCGAUCAUGUCUCGGAAUAGGAACUCGAGAUCAGUGUUGUCGAAGGGAGCUAUGUUCUUACUUCAAGGCACAGGAGCCACUCUGGGAUGUAUCUUAGGUUAUUAUUGUUAUGGAGGUAAAAUAGAUAAAUACGAGAAGCAGCGACAACAGAUCGUGAUGGAUGUUUUUAGGGAUCCUGCUGAAGUGGAGGAUCUAAGGGAAAAGAUGUGGCCUGAAUUAAGGAAGAUAACGUGGUUUAGAAAUAUGGAAAAGAAUUGGUCUGAGUCUGAUCUAAAGAAGAAUAUGGAAUUGGUGGAUUCUGAUGUAAGGAAGAAUGUGAAAACCGUGUGUGCUAAGCUAAUUGAUGAAAAGAUGUGGUCUGAUGUAUGGCAAAAGAUGUUUUCUGAUCGAAAAUCCUAA